AUGGCCAAAGAAUGGAAAUCCCGACAGAAAGGAAGAAAAAAAUUGGCAGAAGUGGUAACAGAUGAGGGUGAAAAACAAAAACGUUUUGAAUAUAAAUUGUUGAUGGAAAUCGAUAACGAAGAAGAACAGAAUAGAUUGCAAUGCAAGGAAUGUCUUGGAUUUAUGUCAAUGACGAUAAAUUUGAUAAGAUCGGAAUGUUCAAAUAUUUACUGA